AUGGCUAGCAAGGCGGAGAAAAAGUUAGCAGCGGACCUUCUGACGAGACGACGAGCAUGUGCCGAACGAGAUGUGGUGGAGAAGUUCGUAGCGGAUUUCACCUAUGAACGGGAUUGUUGCCAGGUUGCGGUACGUUUGGAGGCGCUCAACAAGUGUAACGAACUCUUCUUGAACGUGCAGAACGACAUCGAGAUGGGUGACAGCGAAGAACGGUUCGAGACACAUCUGGAAUUUCGGGCGGAUUUCGAGGAUCGGUUUUGCAGAGCGAAAGGUUUCUUGUUGUCCAAACUGGAAAGUAGGGAGCAUCCGUUGAGUUCGACGAUCAUACACGCAUCGGCUUCUCACAGCAUGUCUUCCAGUUUCCAUCAUCGGUUGCCGAAAAUCGAUCUACCGAAGUUUAGCGGGGAUGAAUCGAGAUGGAUAUCAUUCCGCGACAAUUUCAUUUCGAUGAUUCACUGUAACGAGGACAUACCGAUCGUCAAUAAGCUGCAGUACCUAUUACAGUCGCUGGAAGGAGAGGCCAGAAAACCAUUCGAGUCGGUGGAUAUCCAAGCCGAUAAUUAUUCGUCGACGUGGGAUGUGCUUAAGAAGCGUUACGAUAACAAGCGAUUCCUCAAAAAGGAGCUGUUUCGAGGCCUGUACAAUCUUCCACCGAUCCAGUAUGAGUCAGCUCAAGACCUCAACACACUAGUGGAUGAUUUUCAGCGACACGUCAAGGCUUUGGGAAAGUUGGACGAACCGAUCGAGCAUUGGGACACUCCGCUCAUCUUUAUCCUUUCAAACAAGUUGACUUUCAAAAAAAGACAUACACCGUCUUAG